AUGUAUCCUUAUCAGCUUCUAAUCAAUUCCUUCCAGGUCGGAUCUUCUCUCGAGCUCUCCCAGCGCCUUGAUGAACCUCUCGAUGGCUUCUUGGACCAGCAAGAGCACAUCCAGCAGCCAUCCACUCCACCUGUACCUUUGCAUAUAUUUGAUAUCCGACGGUCGAACUCAGUGACAGAGCUAUGGAAGAAAUAUGAACAUAAGUCGCAUUUCCAAGACACGGAAGGGACAGAUAAAGUGGGAGAGUCGCCUAUUAUCAAGCCUGCUUCUCCACGCGACCAGACUGCCUCCUUCCCAACUGCCCCUGGAAAUGCUGGUCUUCCCUCGGAGGAUGAAUCUGAAUCUCUUCUAGCAGCAUUCGAAGCAGAGAUGGCUAGAAUGCUUAGUGCUUCAGAGUCUGGCAAUGGAGGCAGUGCGAGGGAGACUACAUCAGACACUGAGGAGCGAGCCGAGACAGCGAGCUCUGACAGACGCUCACAUCCGAGUGAGGCACUUGCUCAGGCUGUACACAUCCUGAUCAACGGGGCUGGAUUGAUCGGUUCUGAAAUGAGAUCAAGAUUGCCGGAGUUGGAGCAUCAGCUUGAGCAUCAUCUGCAAAACGCGCAAAGAGCUCUCCCGGAGCAUGUUGGUUCUACUGUGCAAGCAGCACUUACGACUCUGGAGAGUCAAAUGAGGCACUUGACCACUGCUCUCAACAACGCAUCUGUUGCAAGAAGCCAGAGUACUCGCAACUUAUUCCAAGGCGAGAUCCCGACUCCUGCACAGACUGUCGACGCUUUAUAUUCAAUGGCUUCGGAAUUCGGACAAAUGGGACACACCCUGUAUUCAGCAUUCGAAACCGAAUUUGGUGCACUUCAUGCAUCGCGAGAUUCGGCUCAACCUGCCCCUGAAGCCACUAGCUCCCAUGCUGUCCCGGAAGUCCAGGUUCAGUCUUCAGACUCAAGCCACGAGACUGAAAAGGAUACAAAAAUACUGCUGCACAUCUCGACUCUUGUUUGUCUCAUGUUCGUCGGCAUCGUUCCUGGCGUCGCCUUCCCAAUCAACCUCAACGUUACCCUCGUCUUGGUACUCAUCCUCAUCACCAUCAUCACCAUCACAAUCCCCAUCCUCCACCACCACCACAUCGUCAACCCCAUAAUGUCUAUCCACAUCCAAACCCACCCCCACCCCCGCCCCCACCGCCACCACCACCGCAUCAUGGGCAUCCUCCUCCUCCUCCUGGCCAUUCCCAUUCAAACCCUCAUCACCACAACCACCACCAACAUCAUACCUUCCGUGCCCCACAUCCUCACCCACCUCACCCUUAUUCAACCCCUCUACCAUCGCGGAGGGUCUCUGCUCCCUUUCCUCCACCAUUCCCUCCACACCAUCUUCCGGGUGGUCAUGGGCAGUGGUAUCCGCACUGGCCUUCCUUUGCCUUGCAUUGUCAACGCGAUCCAGGUUCAUCUGCAGCGGCCGCGAGGCAAGCCACUCGCGUCAAUCAAGGAGAAUCUGUUCCAGACCAUUCUACAGAUGCGGUGCUCUUUAUCGGUAAUGUAG